AUGAGGGGUUUCCAAGGAGAUGGAAUGAACACAAUGAGAGGUUUCCAAGGAGCUGGGAUACACCUUGUGGAGAAACUGAAGCGGAGUGAACAGAGGCGUCAGAAACGUUUACGGUACUCCCCGAGUGACUCCCAGCUUGAGAUCAACCGACAUCAUUACUUCCGAUACCGGCGCCUUAGUGGAGAUGCAACCAAAGACACGUCUAAGACUGUGGAAUGGGAAGAGGGCAUCCACGAAAUAAAAACCAAACGACCUCGUAGUUUGCCCAAAAACAUCUUCCGAAUCGCAAAUGGCAAGCGAGUUUCCAGUCCUGGGAAGACACAUGGACAGUCGACCAGCCCAGAUCAGACAUCUCCCACGAAGUCAUCACCUCCAAAGUCUCUGCCAACCACUAAAGCUCAAAGCCAGGUCACAGACCAGUACAAGUCUCUACCCCCUGGUCUUGGAAAUGAUGCCUUAGUGCCAACUAGUCCUGGAAAUGGAAAUUUAUUAGACACACCAGUAUUUGAACACUCUGUAGUCGAAUUGGAAGAAUGGAAACAGACGACUCUUACUGGUGCCAAUAUCCCCUUCAGCCCUUCUGACCCACGCAGGAACUCUCUAGACAAAGUUGGGAACACUCUGGAUGAGCCUCGAGGAAAAUGGCUGAGAAAAUACUCUCUAGUGAAAAAGGAACAGAGUGAUGAUUAUUUUCGGCAAGGGACCAGAUCUUUCUCUGACUCCUUCACGGACUCUGGACAGUCCUAUAGCUCUGAGGUUUCAAACAGAAGCACAGUGUCAGAAUCCGCCGACGACCACGUUGUUUUUACCCCAGUAUACGGAUGCCCGGUGGGAUGCGUAAGAUGGGCGUGGGAUGAGGUCCGCCAUUACGUCGAAGAAAAGGUCUUCUACGUCGGACAACUCCUCAACCCAUAUGAAGAAAAAGAGGCCAUCUUCGUCGCAGAAGAAGCCUUACACCCCUAA